UCACGGCGAUUAGCAUGAGGGGCCGUCCCGCGCCCUCCCCGCGGCGCCCACAAGUUUGGCGGCGGCCCGCGGGGCGCCCACUUGUCCGGCCGGCAUGUGACCGCCACCAUGGCCCGGCCGCUCGCGCUGCUGUUGCUGCUGCUGCUGCCGCCGCCCGGCCCGGCUGCACUGAGGGACCGUUGGCUUGAAAGCCACACCAGCACCCAGGCUGCAAACCUCACCUGGGGUCAGGAUCAAGCAAACUUCACAGCAGCGGCCUCCAGAGAGAGGGUGUCGGAUCAGACCCCCGGGAAGAGCCUCAUUUCUGCUGAUACUCCAGAAGCUUUCAUGGCACAAACGGAAACAGCAGCAUCUGCAGCCACAGAGGUGCUAACGGGCCUCUCCACUCUCCGAAGCCCCUCCACCCGGCAGGCAGACAGCGUGCCUGUUGCUCACUCCGUCCACAGCAGCGUCCAGCCUGCACUCCAGUCUCUCACUGUCAGCCUCAGCCUCGGGCUUCCAAGAGACGAGGAGAGAUUCCCUGGGGUCUCUGACCUCUCCACCGGGACGUCCAGGACAGCUGCUUUGUCCCUGUCAGAGGCAGAGCCCAGAGGAAGUGAAGAUGCCCUUCAUGAUCCAGGAGAGGGAAGGUUCUCCAAAAGUGGAUUUGUUCUUCCAUCUUCUGGGGUGGGAUUUCAGCCAAAUGAUUCCCAAGCCUCGGGCGGGCAUCCUCGUGCCCUCAACUCUAGUGCCCAGCCGCAGCAUCUCCCGGUACAGACUGCCACAGAACCCAGGCCGGAGCCGUCGGCCCAGGAAGGAGACAGCACAGAGCCAUGGUUCUGGGCCCCUAAGAUCUCCGCAGAUGUGUCCGGAAACGUCACCUCCUCUCCUGGAGCUGUGGAUGCUGCUGAUCCCAGGCACGUGGCAGAAUCAGGAGCAAGUGGCCUGGUGCCGCACAAGAGCCGCCCCUCCAAGCCCGCAGCCGGGUCCUGGUCUGUGUCGUCCUCAGAGAGUCUGGAGGCCUCUGCACUGCAGCGGGAGCGUGCGGCCACUGAAUAUAGCUCCGAGUUGGGGUUCAGUACCGACGUGGAGGAGAGGACCUUCCAGGGGACACUAGGAGCUCACGCUCACGCCCCGCAAACGGCAGCUACUUCCACUGGAAACGGAGAGCGCACACUGAGAUCUCUCCCCAGCCAGGAUGCCUCGACCUUCCGGGACCCGGGGCACCCCGCAGCCACGCCUGUGCAGUCUGAGAGUGUCCCUCUGCGUGGGAACGCCACUGCCCCGGGAGUCACUGGUGUCAGCCUUGACCCUGCGAGUGACCUGGACCUCGAACCCCAGCCUGAUGACCACACCUACAUCUCCUCCGCCUUCACCAAAGGGGAGCGGGCGCUGCUGUCCAUCACGGAGAACUCUGCCUCUCGGCCGCCUGCUCAAGCCUCCUCAGAGCGCGAGCCGGGGGCGCGGGCGGAGGGGAGCAGAGGCCCCUGGCCCGCUGGGACGCCCGCGCGCCCGCCCACCGUGCCCCUCGUGCUGGGCACAGCCCGCCCGCCCCGCCCCGCUCCCACAGCGAGCGUGCCCAGCACCCUGGCCCUGCUGGGUGCCAGGGCUGCCUCGGGGGCUGCCCCGUCUUCUCCGCCGUCCUUGUCGAGCCCCCCUUGGUCGCUGCCCUCAGUGUUGCACACCCACCAGCCCUUCUCACCCACCUUGCUGUCGACCAGGCCCUCGACACCCCUGAGGCACCCCACCGCGGGGGCUCCUGCUCCGUUGUCCUUCUCUACACCACCCUCCCUGGCUGCCUCGGGCACGUUGACCCCUGCCCCUCCUGCCGCCUUCCGGACCACCGCGGUGCUGCCCAGGACUUCAGUUUGGAUGACCACGCUGGCGUCCUCUGAGGCCGCACUCCCCAGCGGUCAGACCGCAGACCCUGAGAGCCUGAGCCAGGCUGAUCUGGAGAAAGUCACCAGGGGGUCAGAGGCGCUGACCCCGGGUUCUCUGCAAACGGAGGCUCCCAAGGCUGGAGCCAUGAACUCCACUUCCAGCACCCCUGGCUUCCCUGGCCCGGCGCCCUUAGCCGAGACCACAGAGCCAGCACUGUCUGCCACCAGCUCCAGGUUAGCACAGACAUCACCUGCUGUGGUGACCACCCUUCAGGCCUCACCGCCGCUCACCCCCACGUCCAGCCCGGCAGCCAGCACGGUGGGCCCAGCUGCUAGCUCCACCACGGUGCAGACAGAGACCGAGAAGCUCUUGCCAACCAGCCCCGGGAUUGUCAUGCCACCUGUCACAACAGAGGGUCCCGUCACCAUGCAAAGGAGCCCCGAGCGGACAGAGGCUACGCCUGGGCCUACCUUCCCUACUGGGGCGCCCACACCCACCGUGGAAGCCACCCUGGAGCCUGGCCUAACAGGAGAGCACGCGGCAGCAGUGCGUCCCCCCUCUCCCUCUCCUGCUCCCCGUGCCUCGGAGGCCUCAACGCAUGAACUGCUGACCCCCAGGUCCCAGCGCACCACACAGGCUCCAGGGGCCUCACCGGCCUCAGCAAGCAGCUGUGCCACUAACCCUUGUCUUCACGGUGGCCGAUGUGUGGAGGAGCUCCCUGGCCUUGGGCAUCGAUGUGUGUGCUUGCCCUCCUGGCAGGGGGAUGACUGCAGUGUGGAUGUGAAUGAAUGCCUCUCAAACCCAUGCCCGCCCCUGGCCGUGUGCAACAAUACUCAGGGAUCCUUUAUCUGCAAAUGCCCAGUUGGGUACCAGUUGGAAAAAGGAAUAUGCAAUUUGGUGAGAACCUUCAUUGCAGAGUUGAAGAUCAAGAAAACUCUUCUUAAUGCCACCACAGAACUACCUGAAGUUGAGAGCGAGAUCACCAGAAUGUUAAAUGCGUGCUUUUCACCAGUCCCUGGCUACACUCAGUCCACAGCUCAGGCCUCAGGGGAGUCCAGUGCUGUGACCAUGGCCCUGCACACCACCUUCUCCCUGGCGUCCAACGUCACACUCUUUGACCUGGCUGACAGGGUGCAGCGCUGUGCCAGCUCCUGCAGGGCCUCUGCUGAGCUCUGCCACCUCCUGGCAGCCCAGAGGCGCUUCUUCCGAGCGGGCAGCCUGUGCAGGCACAAGACCCCGGAGUGUGACCGCGAGACCUCACUCUGCACAGACCUGGAUGGUGUCGCCCGCUGCCAGUGCAAGCUGGGCUACUUCCAGUUCAACAAGAUGGACCACUCCUGCCGAGCAUGUGAAGAUGGCUAUCGGCUUGAGAAUGAAACCUGCUUGAGCUGCCCAUUCGGCCUUGGUGGUCUCAACUGUGGGAACCCCUAUCAGCUCAUCACGGUGGUGAUUGCAGCAGCAGGAGGGGGCCUUCUGCUGAUCCUGGGCAUCGCCUUGAUCCUGACCUGUUGCCGAAAGAACAAAAAUGACAUUAGUAAACUUAUCUUCAAAAGUGGGGAUUUCCAAAUGUCCCCAUAUGCUGAAUAUCCCAAGAACCCUCGCUCUCAAGAAUGGGGUCGAGAAGCUAUCGAGAUGCACGAGAAUGGAAGUACCAAAAACCUCCUCCAGAUGACAGAUGUGUAUUACUCGCCCACAAAUGUCAGGAAUCCUGAGCUUGAACGGAAUGGACUGUACCCGGCCUACACUGGACUGCCAGGAUCACGGCAUUCUUGCAUUUUCCCUGGACAGUACAACCCAUCUUUCAUCAGCGAUGAGAGCAGGAGAAGAGACUAUUUUUAAGUGCAGAAGAAAGGGGGGCCCACUGCACUGAGCAGUAGCAGGGACCUCGUUGCUCAGAGAGAGUGCCACGUGCUGGCAGCUUCCAGAUCCCACCUUUGAGUGGCAUGUGGAAAGUGGACACAUGUGAAGGAGUGACCACAGUGGAAGGAGACAGUGAAUGGAACCUGUGGACAUGGAACUGCAGGCUGCCAGUUGGCACCUUUGCUGUUACUGUGAAUGUACAUGGGCCAGUCAAGAGUGAGUGACCACAGAACGGCCACUAGCUCAAGGAAUGGGUAGUUAGGUUAGAGCAAGUUAUUGGGCAUCACCACAGGGACCCCGUUUUUCCUUAGUUUGCACUUUAGUAAAUUGGGUUAUGUUUUUUUUUUUUUCAAGGCCAUUCAAAACAUAAGGUCUCUUUUCCUCAGCCAUUUCCGUAGACCUCAGCUUGGGCAGCCUGGGGAUUAAUUCAUAGCACAAACUGGCUCUUUGCUUUCUUGCCCAGUUUCUAAACCAACCUUUUCCAGCUGGGGAAAACUCCCAAUAUAUUCCAGGGGGCCACAGGUGAAAAUCAUAUUGAUGAGAGUCCACUGCAUGAGACCAAGAGGCCAGUGGGUAGGACAGGGGUCACAGGAAGGAAACAAGGUCUGGAGGGGCUCUGUCAUCACAGUGUUGAGAACUGUUUCCUAAACUGAUGUAGAUGAUGAACAUAGCCCUCGGCUCUGGAGACGUAGGUGCCAUCUUUUGGGAUUUCUUGACCUUUUGCUCCAGUUUCCAAACCAGCUGCCCACAGGAGUCACUGACAUUUGUGAAGCACCAUGUACAAUGCAAGUUUGUUGUUUAAGUCCAGAGACACAUGUCUUGGAGAUGAUAUUUCCCUUUGCACUGAAGUUGCCGUGUGUCACCUGGUUCAGGGCAGUGCUGCCUCCUCUGCUACUGAAGGCGCCUGCAGUGAGCAGCUCAGGCCCUGGGGAAGACCCCUGCACUCUUCUUCUCCAAGUGCUUCUCAGGGGCCAGGGGCCCCCACCUUGGAGCUACGGCUGCUCUUGGGGAAUAGAGGAGGAUCCUAGCCAUCAUGGGAGCUGGUAUCCACCAGUGAAGGAAAAGUGGCAGCGUGAUAUGGUCGCCGUAGUUGAGGAAUAAACCAACUGCGUUUCCUGAAAGACCAGCUCCGCUUCAGAAGCUUGAGGAAGAGCGACUCGGGUGCUGGGAUGUGGCUGCGUGCAGGUCAGCCUGCCCAACGGUGCCACAGCCUAGGUUGGUUGCAUCCAGACUCUGUGGAACUUUGAGCCAGCCACUCAGAGCAGCAGACCCAGUCAGAAACCGCUCACUUCCUUUCGCCGGGCAGUUGUUCUCCCUGUUUUGCUCUGCAGCUCCAUCUGGAAACAGCGCAGUGAUGCAUGUCAGCUCUGGAGAACUGGACUUCUAGCCAGUGAGGGAGGGGAGAGUUUGCCUUUGGGGACUAAUUCCGUGCGUCUUCAUUAUACCUGUGUGGAGAGCACUGUGAGGGGGUGCAGGCAGAGUGGGGAUGCUCAGUGUCCUUAUUUGUGUUACUGGGGUUACUCAUAUCCUGGUCCAGAAUGAUGGGAAGGGAACAUCAAGGGGAAAAAGCCUUCCUGACCCUGAGCCUCUGCUCUCAGGGCCACUUGUGGAGACACUUCCUUCUGCCUGGGCAUGGGGCCCUAUUCAGGUUCCAUUUGCUCUAGAGCGAGCCAAGCCUUACUCUUCCAUGCUCUUCAGCCUGAGUUUUGUAGUGUGUUUAGGGUCCUGGGAUCUCCACGAGGUGGUCCCAUUACCUCCUGCAGCAGCAGUGCUAGCCAGACGGAACCCUCUGAGCACUUCAGCCUAGCCCUUCAGCACAGGAGGCCGCAUCUGUAGGGCGUGCUGCUGAGUGACACGUGUUUGGGAUUGCCCCAUGAAGCCAGCUGGCCUCCAGCCCUCUGCCCCGUGGCCAUGCUUCUGACUGGAGGGCCCCAGCUCCAGCAAGGAGGCAGGUUGCCAGCUCUUGGUGCCCAUCCCGGAAUCCAGAGCCAUGUGUGAGGGGGGCGCUAAUCCCAAGUUGUAGGCAGACAGGUGUGCCACCACAGUCAUCUCCUUGGUCAGUGUCAGAACCCAUCUUUCCCACAGAAGAAAGUGUUGUUCUCUUGCCAAAGCGUCCUUGAGAAGAAGCCCCCAGGCAAGUAAAGUGUGUCCCGGGGGUGCCAAGCAUGUGCCGUUAGGUACUGGAGACUGGAAUAUGUCAGGCUGUCCUUGCUUCAGUAGAAGGCACCCUGCGUGGGGGAGUUGAUGGAGUAGCUCCGAACUCGGGGAGGCUGUGGGGCAGGGGAUGCCUCUCAGGAGCAGGCAGCCCAUAGCUGGCCACCCCAGGGGAAGGGAGAGGUUGGCUUCCUUGGCCAAGGGUAAUCUGUCCACAGCACCCUCCUGGGUCCAUGGACAGGCCAGCUGCAUUCUCUCCACAGAUGCCACAGGGCCCAAGACAUAACCCAGCAAGCCACAGGCAGGGCCCAGGACCAUGUCAGCCCCGCUGCUGGAGUCCACGCAGCAUCCAGGCGAGAAGCUCUCAUGUGCAGCAUCCGUGGGGUGCAUCUGAGCUCUGCAGGGUCUUGUAUAGGUCCUUCUUGGCCCCAUGAGUGAGUUGGGAUGUUUAAACAGUCCUGGAGAGCAUCUCUUGGGUCCCAUCCAUGGCCUGGCUCCAUGCAGGGCAUCGAGCCUCAUGUCUGUUGCUUAGACAUGGCGCCUUGCCAGGAUAAGCACUUGGCUUUUGAGGUGUCGGAUUUGGACCCUUUCCCUAGCUUGCGCACACACAAAAAGUCAGGUUGUUGCAUGUGUUUCUGCGGACCCCAUGGUCAUUGAGAAGGAAAAUGCGUCUGGAGGUCUUGGGGGUGUGCUUGACGGUAGAGCACAUGCCUGGCAUGCAUGAGGCACUGGGUACCAUCCCCAGGGUCUCCAAACAUCAAAUACUAUGGCAUGUGCCUAGCUAGGAGCAAACUGGUACGUGGCUUUUGGAAUAGGAGCGGGGCGGGGGGGCAUGACCUGCUGGGGACAAAUACCUGAUAAGACAGGCUUCUGAGGGCCACUCACCUCGUUCCCGGGGUGAGGGCAGGACCCCACAGUGGAAGCAUAGUCAGGGGCACAGCAUCAGAGUCAGCUGGAUGUCUUAAUUGUUGGCCAAACUUCUUUCUCUGAGGAAAGCUUAGUUUUAGAGGCAGCUAAGUCAUUUAGAGCCAAACUUUGCUGAAUUCAUCCUGUAAUCUAGUUAACUAAUGGCCUUCGAGGUUAAAAACUAAAAUGUCACUAUUUAUCUAUGAAAGAUGUAGCUAUUCAAGUUGAUCUUUGCAAUGCAGGGCUGCGAACAAAAAGGUCUCUGAUUUUCUUUCGAUUGAUUUAGAUGAGAAAGUCCCCAGAACAGAUGGAAUAGUGUCAUUCCCUCACGUGUGGCUUCCCACUAAAAUCUGUCCUACCCUCUUAGGCAGUGCCUGGCCUGUUCCUGUGCCUGACCUAAGGCAGCUCAGUGCUCCCAGCUCAGUUUAGCCAACAUGCCCAGAGUUUGGACCCUCCCUUUUAAGAUCCUUUUCUUCGCCUUAAAAGAGCACUGCUUCGGAGGGAGGGAGAUCAAGAAGUUCAGCAUUGGCAUUUUGUCACUGUCACUGUCACUGUCAUCCCGUUGCUCAGCAAUUUUGUUCGAGCGGGCACCAGUAACGUCUCUCAUUGAGAGACUUAUUGUUACUGUUUUUGGCAUAUCCAAUACGCAUGGGUAGCUUGCCAGGCUCUGCCGUGCGGGCUUCAUACUCUCAGUAGCUUGCCAGGCUCUCUGAGAGGGGCGGAGGAAUCGAACACGGGUUGGCCAAGUGAAAGGUGAAAGCCCAACCGCUGUGCUAUUGCUCAAAAUUGGCAUUUUGUAUCUUAUUUAAACCUAGCCUUCAUAUCAGAGGUGUUUUUUUUUUCCUCUGUGGAAACGUUGUUAGGAGUUAGAAAGAAAAUUCCAAGUCCUGGGGCUGGAGCGAUAGCACAGCGGGUAGGGUGUUUGCCUUGCAAACGACCAACCCGGGUUCGAUUCCCAGCAUCCUGUGUGGUCCCCCAAGCACUGCCAGGAGUAAUUCCUGAGUGCAGAGCCAGGAGUAACCCCUGUGUAUUGCCAGCUGUGACCCAAAAAGCAAAAAAAAAAAAAAUUCAAGUCCUUCUGCUUGACAAAGUGUUAUUCUGAGUGUUUGGAAAACAUACUGUUUUGCUUGGUUUUAAUUUUGCUUUUGAGUAGAUUUUCUCUUUUUCUUUUCUUGAGUCCCUAGAAAAGGAAGGUGGCUAAAAUAGUAAAAACCUUGAAGUAUUAAGUGACAGUUCAUCUCUUCUGCUUAAGUACUUUUUCAAGCCUGUUACAAUCCAUCCUGCCUGGUGGACACUCAGAAAUGCCUGUGAAACCACCCAAGGGGAUGGUUUGAGCUAGAGAUAGGCUGAAGACCAUCUCUGAGGCUUUGCCUCUGCUAUAACGAGAAAAGUUAAGGAAUGUUCUGGGUAGAUUCUGGUUUUAUCCCCCUUUGGACACAUCUUACGUAGAGACUUGGGUGGGGAGGGUGGUGCUGCGCAGGAUGGAACUGGACAACUAGCUCCAGUGUCACCCUUUCUAUGUGGCCCGACCUGUUUCAUGGUUGCUGAGUUUUGUUGAUGAUUGUGUUGCUGGAUUUACAGUAAAUAAAGCAUGUCGUUGAGAUAAUGAACUAUUUUAGUUUUCACAUAUUGCCCAGGCUUCUCUUUACAAAUCUUAGCCCCAAGUUGUGUUUUAUCUAUUAUGAAGAUGUUAUUUAAAGUUGUACCAUAAUUGCAACCUCCACUAAUUAUUCAGUACUGUAGCAGCAAAGUAUUAUUUGUAAGGAUUUGGUUAUUUUUGUACUUAUAUUCAUUAUAAGUCUGGCGUUCUAGUCAGUAAAAUGAUACAAUAAAUAAAUACCAUUUUCA